AUGAAGUCCCUAGGUUUCCUCGCUGCAGAGAGUUUUGUCCAGACUGGUCCAACCGCUCUGGAGAACCUCAACUGUUUGUCUUUUAAUCUCUACCCACUUCUCUUCAAGGCCUGCUACCUCCACGAGCAGGCCGACCUGCUGCGUGCCCUGGUCCAGACAUGGCCUCUUCCCGAGCUCAACAUGCAGAGGCUCCUGGGAAAAACAGUCGACUGUCAGACGGACCUCACCUCAAGCACCUGUCGGCUCUGUCUGGUGGCGUUUAUGACCGGCUUAAAGGAUUACGUUCUGUCUCCUCCAACAAUGUAUGCCAAGUGCCUCCGUGUGGUGGACCUCACUGGCCUGAAAGACAUCGAGCACCAAGACUGUCACUGCCGCUCCACCCUGGGUCGAUGGGCAAGAACCCACCUCCUGACCCAAAUCUGCUAUGAGAUUGUGGUCGCCAUGCAAGCCUUGGAUGUGUCCCGAUCUGCCUUCGACGUGUCGGUCGACGUCCGUCUGAACGGCUUUGUCACAGGCCGCAACUAUGAGCUUGUGACUCAAGCCUUCCUCCUCCUCCGCUGCUGUCCACUGAAGCUACGUUUCAUUGUUUUUCGGGCCGAUUCUCUCGCUCUUAAGCAGCUCUUCUAUGUUCUCCGGCUCGCAGAGCCCGAAUCCAUCACAAAGCUCGAGAUGGUCCACAAUGUUCCCCUGGAGGCCCCACAUCUGGAGGUGCUGCUGUCCCGGGUGGAUUUCCCUAAACUUCAGUCUCUGACCCUGCCGGCUGGGGCGCUGGAUGUUCGGAGGUUGGCCUCUGACGAGAAUCUGUUGGCCACCAUCGGAAACCUGCUGGCAAAACUGAGCCUGACUGAGCUCUACAUGGGAUUCUCCACUCUUACUGGACAACUACGCAGGGUGCUGAGUCCUCUCAACACACCUCUGCAGUGCUUAGAGUUGGCCAACUGCUGUCUGACCCGCACGGACAUGACGUACUUGUCCAACAGCCUCCACAGUGAGGCCCUGGUCCGCCUGGACAUCAGUGGACACGACGUCUUCGACUCCUUCCCCACUGGCUUCCACAAACUGCUCAGCCGCUGCUCUGCCACACUGGCCAGCCUGACCCUCGAGGAGUGCAACAUCGAAGACGAGCACAUCGACGCCCUCUCUCUCGCUCUGGCUCCCUGUCAGAUGCUGGAGGAGCUCAAACUCCUGGGAAACCCUCUGACCUCUACAGCCCAGCGGAGCCUAUUCUCCAUGCUGUCUAGAAGUUUUCCAAAGUUUAGGUACAUAGAGGUACCAGUUCCCCGAGAGUGCUACCCCGAGGAUGUUGCUUAUCCUCUUGAUGAUUCAGUCCUACUGAUUUACAACUGUGAGUUGUUUCAGGAGGUCAGAUGUCAGCUGCUGAGCAUCCUGGAGGGAUGUGGUAGGGGGAAUGUCAAGGUGUGCACACCACAUAUGGGGGUCUAUGAUCCAGACAUUCAUGAAACCAACAACGAGCUGGGGGUAUCCAUGCUAAAGUCUUUCAACAGUGUCAUGGGGAACUUUAUAGGAACCAUCGAGGAAGUGGACAACAGGAGAUCACAGGCUCAGAAAGAUGAUUAG